GUAGAAUGUUCGUAGAUAUGAUCAUGAUCAUCUUCUCAAUGUGUAGUAUGCUUAAAUUCAUAUAAAUAUUGAGAGUUUAAAGUUCACAAGCUAAGCAUACACUAGCUAUCAAGCCGCCUCACCUACUCUCCAAUAUCCAUUGGAAUAAUCAUACUUACGUGUUUAUAAAUAAGUAUUACAUCAACCCAUAUCUUCUUCAUCCACAAAUAACCAUUGGCUAUAAUUAUGACAAAAACUACCAAAACCAUGAAUCCUAAGUUUUACUUGGUUCUUGCCUUAACCGCGGUUCUGGCCUCAAACGCAUAUGGUGCGGUUGUAGACAUCGAUGGAAACGCCAUGUUCCACGAAAGUUACUACGUUCUCCCUGUCAUCCGUGGCCGAGGCGGAGGCCUGACUCUAGCAGGCCGCGGUGGGCAGCCAUGUCCUUACGAUAUCGUGCAGGAAUCUUCAGAAGUUGAUGAGGGCAUUCCCGUAAAAUUCUCAAACUGGAGGCUUAAGGUUGCGUUCGUUCCCGAAUCACAGAACCUCAACAUCGAAACAGACGUCGGAGCCACGAUCUGCAUCCAGUCAACCUACUGGCGGGUCGGUGAGUUUGACCACGAGAGGAAGCAGUACUUCGUGGUUGCUGGUCCAAAGCCAGAAGGGUUCGGACAAGAUUCGUUGAAGAGUUUCUUCAAGAUCGAGAAAUCUGGAGAGGAUGCUUACAAGUUUGUGUUCUGUCCUCGGACUUGCGACUCUGGCAAUCCAAAAUGCAGCGAUGUCGGGAUAUUCAUAGAUGAACUUGGCGUUCGUCGUUUGGCUUUAAGCGAUAAGCCGUUCUUGGUUAUGUUCAAAAAAGCUAAUGUGACCGAAGUUUCGUCCAAGACUAUGUGAGAGGACAACUCUCGAUCUUUUACUUUGACUACUCAUAAUAAAACCUCUAUGUUUUUUUUUUGAUAAAACACCCGCUCUCUGUUUUCUUGAAAACUACAAAUUGAAUAAAAGCUAGUGAAGCACAUGCCUAUUUAUUAAAUCUUCAUCUUCUCUCAAUCUUAAUGCCCGAUAUAAAUCAAAGGGAUAGAGUGGACGUCCAUUUAAAUAAAACCAGCUAACAAUACAAGCCCCUAAUUAUUGUUGUGUAUUUAAUAAGAAAAAGGAAGCUUUUAAACAGUACCCGUUCUCUAGAGAAUUCUGAUGAUGGUAGUG